UCGCCCACCAAUUUUAUUUCCACUACCACCAUCACUAUUCAAGUUGAAGAAACAGAGGCUCCACAAAGUGGGGAAAAAUAAGGGCAAAGAGAGAACAAUUCCACAGGCAAAUAGAAAUAAAAAUGGAUCUGGAUAUGGAAAUUAAUAGUGCGUUAAGAGUGUUUUGGAAAACAAGAAAAUGGAAUGAAAAAACAUCGACAUUUGAAUCGGAUGAGAAUGUUUCCGUCCCACGCAGAAAAAAGCAAUUUAAGAAGGCCAAACUUUUGAAAUCUAGAAAACAGAGCGAAGAGCUUCAGGAAGCUAAACGAGAGAUCACAUUCCCCUGUUCCUUAUGCAAGCAGGAAAUUGUCACGACUGGCAUUUUCUUCCACAAGAAGCAACAUGCAGUUCUGGCUACAUUGGAUUUCCCAUGGAUGGGUGGUAGGAAACCCCCAUUUUCAGUCCUGGAUGCUCAGAGACAAUUUAUAAUUUCCCAACUAUUGUCAUCUUUUGAGUUCAAUGAAAAAAUCCUACGGAACAUUAAUAAUGCUUUUGAACUACUUGAGAAAAGACAAAUCCCAUUAUACUAUAAGAUUAUUGAUUACAUUGAUGGGAGUUCCGUGUCUUCUCAACAUAUACCUCAUCUAUUAAUUAAAGGUGUAGCCAUCUGCGGAGACAGAAAUGCUGCGUGGAAAGUAGACAUGAAUGAUAAAUUCACUGUCAUGAAUAAUUUUGGCAAUAAACCCAAUGUGUGUUUUUUUGGUUUGUUUGACGGACACCACGGUGCCGCAGCAGCAGACUUGGCAUCAGCAGAGCUCCCGAUUUUACUUCUCCAUCAACUUUCCAAAUUUGAUCCUUCCUACCAAAUGACGACUGAACAGCAAGAAAUCAUCAAUUCCUUCCACACUGUGUUUAGAGAAGAAUACACGGCAAUAGAAGACCUCUUCUCCUCCAUAUACAAAAAGCCAAGAGCAUUGAAGUAUGAGUAUGAGGACACACACAAAGCAUUUGCAAAAGCGUUUUGGAGAAUGGAUAGGCUUUUACGUCUUGGAAGGAAUGAAGUUUCCAGGGUCCGAUGGAGUGGCUGUUCUGCAGUUACUUGUGUACUGGAAGGCAGCAUUAAAAAUCCUCAUGUUAAUAAGAAUUGGAAAGGAACCAAUAACUGGGAUGGAUUAUCAAAGAACAACCCUUCCCAGAUGAUGCCACAAAUAAUUUCAGGAGUAUUACACAUUGCAAAUGCUGGUAAUGUACAAGCAGUCUUAUGCAGAAAUGGGAAAGGUUUUUGCCUAACCAAAGAACAUACUACUCGAAACAUCAAAGAAAGAAGAAGAGUACUUCAGACUGGAGCAGUAAUCAGUUCAAAUGAACCGUAUGGGCUCCUAGAAGGGCAAAUAAAAACCACAAGAGGACUUGGAUUUCAUGGAAAUCUCAAACUGAAAAAAUCCAUUAUCCCAGCACCUCAAACUAUUUCUAUUCCUAUGGAUGACUUAUGUCAAUUCCUUAUCUUAGCUACUAAUGGACUCUGGGAAGUUUUGGAUAAAAAGGAAGUCACUGCAAUGGUAAUAACAAUGUUUCAUAUGUAUAAAGAAACAUACACCUCAAUCACACAGUUAGAAGCUCUACCAUCUACAGGGCCUCCGCUUCUUCCAAACAGUGACAAAAGUAAUAAUGAAUUUGAAAGUGAUAUCCACAUAUUGUUUCAGUGUGAAUCCAAAUCUGAAGAAUAUGUGUCAACCACAAAUUCAAAAAACUCGUCUGACUAUAGUAUUGAUGACCCGAAAAAUGAAGAAUUAUCUUCACCAACAACUAGUCAUGAGAAUGAAAUUGAAAGUGUAGAUGAUGAGCAAACAAGUAUAAAAGAAUUAGGCACUAAAAAUUUCUAUGAAGGUGCAGCUGAGUAUAUUAGCCAUAAACUUGUAAAUGCUGCUUUAGAGGCUGGAUCCAGAGACAACAUUACAGUUAUGGUAAUAUUUCUCAGUGGAAGUGAAUAUCACUUGCUGCCAUAA